AUGCCAAGAAGUCUAAGGAAUCGCGAUCCUGAUGAUUCAAAUCCUAAUGAAAUCACAGAUGAUAAUGGUGUUACUCACACCACCACAAGAUCCUUAAGAAGAAUCAAUUAUUCAGAGAUGGAUAAUAUGUUUGAUGAUGACGAUGAGGAACCUGUCGACCCUACGCCUGAUGCAGAUCAUGAUACAACUGUAAAGAUCGUAGAACAACCAGAUUUUACAUUGCCCUUUAAUACGGAUAAUAAUAAUCAAGAGUCAUCAAAUACUACAAUUAACAACGCGAACUAUGAUAACAAUGAUGAUGAGGAUGAGGAUGAGGAUGAGGAUGAGGAUGAUCUUGCUACUAAUGGGAAAAGAAAUUUAAGGAAAAGAAAGCAAGCACAUUAUGAUGAUGACGAUGAAAGUUUCCAUGAAGAUGAAUUAGAUGACCCAUUAGAAGACGAAGAUGACGAUAACGAUUUGGAUGAUGAGUAUAGUGAAGGAUAUCAUGCCAAGGAUUCAAAGAGAAGACAUGUUGCAGAACAACAGAGAAAGGACAGAAAUUUUGUGGUGCCUGAUCCUGACGAUGAAGCAGGUUUAUUGGUGGGUGACGAUGAAGAUGAAGACGAAGAUGAUGGGGCCCUAUAUUAUUCCAAUAGAAGACGAUCAGGGAGAAAAAUUAAAAAGAGACAUACUCAACAAAUAGAGACUCCGCCUAGAAGAAACCUUAGAAGCACCUCAAUGAAAGCUCAUACCCCUGAGGCUCAAACUGAUGAUGAUGGUUAUAAUGGUAAGCAUGUUACUUUGGCAGAUGAAAUUAGGGAAUUACAGGAAGAUAGUCCAAUUAAUGAGAAAAGAUCGUUACGUGAAAGAACAAAACCUGUAGAUUACACAAUCCCUCCUCCAUUAUCUGCAGCUACAGCAGAACAAUAUCUAACAAGACAAAAAUCAGGAUCAUUUGUAAACCCAUCCCCAGCACGUCGUGGUGGAAGAGCUUGGAAUCUAGGUGGUCCAGUGAGAAGAUUGUUUCCAACAGGUGGUCCAUUUGGUGGUAACGAUGUCACCACAAUCUUCGGACAAAAUACAAACUUUUACGGAAAUACAAAUGGUACGUCUGCCCUUAAUAAAAAUGAUCAAAAUAACAAAUUGAUUCUGGAUUCAGACUCAUCUGAUGAUGAAAUAUUACCAUUAGGUGCAACUCCAAAACAAAAGAAGGAUAAUCCUUCAAAGAAAACGAAAAAGAAACCGGAAAUAGCAGAUUUAGAUCCGCUAGGUGUAGAUAUGAAUAUAACAUUUGAUGAAGUUGGUGGGUUAGAUAAUUAUAUUGACCAACUGAAGGAAAUGGUUACUUUACCAUUAUUAUAUCCUGAAUUAUAUCAAAAUUUCAAUAUUAUGCCUCCAAGAGGUGUUCUUUUCCACGGUCCUCCAGGUACAGGUAAGACACUGAUGGCUAGAGCCCUGGCUGCAAGUUGUUCAUCAGAGUCAAGAAAGAUUACUUUCUUUAUGAGAAAAGGUGCCGAUAUUCUAUCAAAAUGGGUUGGUGAAGCUGAAAGGCAAUUAAGGUUAUUAUUUGAAGAAGCUAAAAAACAACAACCAUCCAUUAUAUUUUUUGAUGAAAUCGAUGGUUUGGCACCAGUAAGGUCUUCUAAACAAGAACAAAUUCACGCUAGUAUUGUUUCUACUAUGUUAGCUUUGAUGGAUGGUAUGGACAAUAGAGGACAAGUUAUUGUUAUCGGUGCUACAAACAGGCCAGAUGCAGUAGAUCCUGCUCUUAGAAGACCAGGGAGAUUCGAUAGGGAAUUCUAUUUCCCUCUACCUGAUGAAAAGGCUAGAGCCACAAUUUUAAAAAUUCAAACAAAAAAAUGGAAUCCACAAUUGCCAGAAAAGUUAGUAGAUGGAUUGGCUAAAUUGACUAAAGGUUAUGGUGGUGCUGAUUUAAGGGCUCUUUGUACAGAAGCAGCUCUGUCGAGUAUUCAAAGAAAAUACCCACAAAUUUAUAGAAGCAAUGAUAAGCUUUCGGUCGAUCCAAAGAAAAUUCAUGUAAAUCACAAAGACUUCAUGCUGGCUUUGAAAAAGAUUAUUCCAUCAUCUGCUAGACAGACUGGAAGUAUAGCAGAACCUUUACCAAAAUCUGUCAAGCCUCUAUUAGAAAGACAAUUUAGUAGUAUUAAAACAGUUUUGAAUGGUAUUCUUUCUGAUGAGAAAUCAAACAAGUCUGGCAAAGAUACGACGAUACAGCACUAUAUUGAUUAUGAGGACUCCGAUUCCGAAAUGGAGGGUUUCACUGUAGGUGGCCUUGAUAAGUAUGAAAUACUUGACCAAAUUAGAGAGUCUCAGAUAUGUAAUCCUCGAAUGUUAAUUACUGGGUCUCAGGGGAAUGGGCAACAGUAUAUAGGUGCUGCAAUCCUGAAUCAUCUGGAACAUUAUAAUGUACAGAAAUUAGAUUUAGGAAGUUUAGCAUCGGAAAGUAAUAGGUCCAUAGAUGCCGCUAUUGUCCAAGGUUUUAUAGAGGCACGUAAAAGACAACCUUCCAUAAUCUUCAUCCCGAACAUUGAUAUUUGGGCAAGAUCUAUCCCUGCAAGUGCAUUGUCUACUUUAUCUAGUUUAGUCAGAUCAUUGAAGAGUAAAGAGAGGAUUUUAUUAUUGGGUAUAGCAGAUAGCCCUGCAGAAGAGUUAAGUUAUGACGAAGCUAUAACACAACUAUACUUCCAGGAUAACAUUUUUAAUAUUGAGAAACCUCAAACAGUAGAGAGAUCAGAAUAUUUCAAAGCAAUUUCGGGCAUCCUUCAGAUGAGACCUACCGAGUUUGUUACUGAGAGGAAAAGAACAAAACCAUUGGAAAAACUUCCAGUAGUUUCUCCUAAUUUAUUACCUGAAAAUUUGGACGAAAAUGGUAGUCCAUUACCAGAAGAUGAAAUCCUCAGAAGGAAAUUAAAGAAAUUCCAGUACCAAGAUAUGAAACUCAAAAAUGUGCUAAAGAUCAAAUUAUCUGGUUUAAUGGAUUUAUUUAAAAACAGAUAUAAGAGAUUUAGAAAGCCAACCGUUGAUGACUCAUUCCUUGUCCACUUAUUUGAACCUUUGGCAGAUCCAAACUAUCAGCCAGCUUAUAUUAAAGAAGGCGAUAUGAUUUUAGAAAUUACUACCGGUAAGAAAUUUUUCAACAUGGAUCUAGAUAUUAUCGAAGAAAGGUUAUGGAACGGUUACUAUUCCGAACCAAAACAAUUCCUGGAGGAUGUAGAGCUUAUCUAUCUAGAUGCAAUGACUGUUGGUGAUAGAGAACGUGUGAUAAAGGCAUCAGAAAUGUUUGCCAAUGCCCAAAUGGGUAUCGAAGAUAUUUCAACACCUGAACUCAUUAAGGAAUGUAAGAUAACAAGAAAGAGAGAUCGCGAAAGGGAGCAACUAUAUAUAAAACAAUUAGAACAGGAGAAGUUAACUAACAAUGUUGAAAGAAACACUAAAGAAGUUGGCCACGAUAUAAAUUCUGAAGUUGCUCCCACAGCAAAUUUUGUUACAACGGAUAAUGUUGGUACCAUUGGUACAAUUGAAGUUGGCACAGGUUCUGGCAAUCAAGUUCAAGUGCAACUUCAAUUAGAUGAGAAGUCAGACAUACCUGGAAGUUCAUUGAUUGAUAAUAGCAAUGAGGUUGAUGUGACAAAACCAGUUGUUAUUGAAAAGCCUGAAAUUCAACCUACGGUGACCUCCAACGAAAUCGUUAUCGAUAGAGCCUCAGGGGGAGAAGAAUUAUCUGUGAAGCCAAAUGAUCAAGAGCAAACUUCAGUCGCUACUCAGAUACCUAUUUCCAACGGUGAUGAAGCUAAUAUUGAAAUAAAAUCAGGAGCUACAGCUGAAAAUUCAGCAGCCAAGGAACAAGAAAAUAAUAGUGUAAUCGCUAGCGAAGAAUUGAAUGAGAAGAUUGGCGAUGAUACCCCUUCAAAAAUAGAAGAUACCAGAGUUGUGACACUAAGUAAAACUCGUCUAGACGACGUGGUAUCAAGUUUAAUCAAAGAAACUGACGAUUUUUCGGUGACAGCUCUUGAAAAUAUUUAUUCCAAGGUAAUUAGAAUCAUCUGGGAGGACAGGCAAUCUUGGGAUAAGUCGGAAACGCUUUCGCAUCUAGAGUCUUACAUCAGCAAGCUCGAUAAAAGAGGACAGUAA